AAAACGCUUAUUCGACAAAAACAAGUAAUGACGCGUAAUCUUUAUUAGAAUAGCCAAUUAUCUCUCGAUACGUAUUUGUUCUUUCUGGAAUAGCGGCGGAUUGAUUGGUCGCUGCGCUCCGCGUGCAUGAGUUACAAAUAGCUCGACAAGGAAGUUAACCUGAGAAGAUGGGUGAACGUUACAACAUCCACAGUCAAUUGGAGCAUCUGCAAUCGAAGUACAUCGGUACGGGGCACGCGGAUACGACGAAGUUCGAGUGGCUGGUGAAUCAGCACCGGGACUCCUGCAGUUCGUACAUGGGUCAUUACGAUCUGCUGAAUUUCUUCGCGAUCGCCGAGAACGAGGCCAAGGCACGAGUGAGAUUCAACCUUAUGGAGAAGAUGCUGCAACCCUGUGGACCGCCGCCCGAGAAACCGGAGGAUUAACUCGUGCAUCUUUUCUUCAUCGAUCAUUUUUUUCUUUUUUGUGUAAUGAAAAGUCUGCGCAUUAUUUUAUUAUUCUUAAUUAAGUGUCGUUGCAAGACAGGUAACCGAGUUCAAUUAGAUUUCGUCAGACGCUGAUAUACGUGACAGUACUGUUCUCUCUCGUGCGGUCGCCAUCUUUCAUGUGCAACGUGGAUAUUUAACCAAACGUUUCAAUUAUGUGUCUGUGUCUUGAGGAAGCAAUAAAGACUAUUUUUAUAUAAU